CGUCUCGCUCUUCUUGGCUCGCGCGCGCGCGCCCAUAAAUCUGGCGGGAAGGCCGCGCGCCAUUUAUACGAUAGCCCCCUGUUUCUGAUUGCCUCCUCCUCCUCCUCUUUCAUCCUUUUUUUUUAUCGUCUUCGCUUCGAUUCUUGGCGUUUCUUCCCUUCCCCCGUGGAGAGAUAAGGCCGUGGCGUCAUUGCCACCAUCACCAAUAUUCACCACCAUCCCUCCUCCACACGAAUCGCAGACGCACUUUUCUCCUCGUCUUCCUCCUCUUCAUCCUCCGCCCCCUUCUUGCUUCCUGCGUUGCGUUUGUAUUCGUAAGCUAGCUGGCCGGCAAUGUCGUCGCCGGACAAGGUGAUCGCCAGGACGGGCCGCCUCAGGCAGCGCUACGACAACGAGUACCGCCUCGUCGCUGGGUGUGUGCCGUACCGGGUGAAGAAAGACGACGAGGGCAACCCUUGCAGCCUCGGCGACGAUCCGCAGCAGGUGGAGGUGCUCAUGAUCUCCACCCCCAACCGCGCCGACAUGGUCUUCCCCAAGGGUGGGUGGGAGGACGACGAGGACGUCUACCAGGCGGCGUCGCGCGAGGCCAUGGAAGAGGCCGGCGUCAAGGGCAUCAUCGAUAGGACAACCUUGGGACACUGGGUGUUCAAGAGCAAGAGCAGCCAGAACAGCAGCAGCCCCAGGGGAGCCUGCAAGGGCUACAUCUUCGCCAUGGAGGUCACUGAGGAGCUCGAGUCAUGGCCGGAGCAGGCGACCCAUGGCCGCCGAUGGGUCUCUCCCGGUGAAGCCUACCAACUCUGUCGGUACGACUGGAUGCGGGAGGCGCUCACCGCGCUGCUGGAGCGGCUGUCGAUGAUCGAGCCGGUGGCGUCUGCGCAGGAGCUGACUGAUCAGAGUACUAGCAUGUACAGGAUGCUGCAGGCAUCAUCUGAUAGCGCAGUAGCGCUGUGUUGAUUGCUUAAUCUGCUGCUGCUGCUGCUGUGGAUAACUGAUGAACACAGACAUGCAAACUGAAGUAGUUAGCUGUCAACCCUCCAUCGACUGCAGACAUGCAUGGCUGCCAGGAAAUUCAGGGUCUCUCUAAUCACUUUUUAUUAGCAGGUUCAUUUUUUUUUUUUUGAUUUCUGAAUCAGGUAGUGAUGAGUCUGUGAUUACCUGCAGUUGUUGCCCAGCUGGUUGGUGACAACUGCACAUUCGCUUUUAAGAUUCUGUGACCUGAGCCCCCUCAGUUGCAGGCACUUCCAUCCACAAAUUUGGUAUUGGUUGGCCCCGAGGUUAAGGCAAACAGCUGUUUAAUAGGUCAUUUAAGCUUAACCCUCUUUGGAUUGCAAUAUCUCCUAUGUAAUUCUUCUGUGUAAUAUUAAUAAAAUUAGUAAGAUGCAUAACUUGUCCGUUCAUGUGUUU